AAUCUCUUCCUUUUUUCUUUCUUUUUUCUACAACCAAAUUAAUAACUCUUCAAUCUCUCCUCUCUUAUUUCCAUUUUCACUAACAAAAAAAAUGGCAAACAAUAACCAUAUCCACCCUCAAGCCAAGUCCACCCCUAACGGCGGUGCAGCCACCGUUAAGCCCUCAUUCCCCGCCACAAAAGCGCAAAUCUACGGCGCCACUCGCCCGACCUACCGUCCACAAACCCACCACCGGCGCCGUAGCAACCGUAAUUGGUGUUGCACCAUUUGUUGUUGGCUUAUACUCAUCCUCAUCUUCAUCCUCAUCCUCCUCGGAGUCGCUGGCACCGUCGUCUACCUCCUCUACCAUCCGCAACGUCCAUCCUUUUCCGUUACCUCACUUAAACUCACCUCAUCUGAGUUUGAUUUCACUCUUUCCACCACCAACCCAAAUGAUAAAAUCACAUUUUCAUACCAACCGAUCUCUAUUUCUCUUCUCGCCAAUGGGCUCGACGUUGGAGACGGCGUUAUUCCGUCGUUCGAUCAUGGAACGAAGAAUACUACAAUGCUGAAAGCAUCUGUUGAGAGGAAGAGUAUUAAAAGGAAGUCAUUGGAAUUGAAGAUGAAGAUGGAGACUAAAGUUGAGGCUAAGAUGUGGGUUUUUAAGACACCACGUGUCGGAAUAAGUGUGUUGUGUGACGGCAUUGAUGUCUCCGGCGAGAAAGUGACGGCGGCCGGGGAGAAGUGUGAGGUGGAUGUUAGGUUCAAGGUAUGGAAAUGGACUCUUGGAUGAAGGGAGACUAUAAGUAUGUGUGAUGUGUUUGUGAUAUUGUUUUUGUUUUUUAUUUGAUUUUCAAAGAGGCACUUUUAUUACUAAUAGUAUUAAUUAAUUUAUUGUCCUUCAUUAUAUUAUUUCUUGUAAUUCGAUCUGAUUUUCAUUUGGUAUAUUAAUUUCUGAAAUUUAUUUUUAGUUAAUUCAA